AUGGAUCGAACAGAGGAGUAUAGAAGAAACAGCCUGGGCAACAGCAGCACGCACUCUUUUGUAAGUAAUAAAAUAGAUAAUAACACUAAUACAUUCUUAAACAUAGCCAAAGACCUAAGAGUGUCUUUAAACACUUGUUACUCUGCACUGGCAGGAAAAAGAGGAGACUAUUUGGAAGUUGAAAAAACAGUCAAAGAGCUGUCGAAGGAGAGCAAUAGAGUGAUAGAGCUGCUGCAGAGUCUGGACGAAGUCAGCAAGUUCCUAGAAGGGGUUAUAGCAAACAUACGAACAGCAGUGAAGAAAACAGAAAUAAAACUAGAGGAAAGAAAAAGCAAAAAACUUCGGCCAUCGCUAAACAUUGCGCUGGAGCCAGAAAGAUCAACGCCAACCGUAAAAACAAAGCCCGUUAUGAUGCAGAUACUGCAGGAAGAGAACGUGCGAAUACUGGAAAGAGUCAGGUGCACAGAGCGGGAGAUAGUCCAAAUCAGAAGAAAAGUGUCGGAGAUCGACAUACUUCAGAAGCUGAUAACACAGGAGCUGUACAUCCAGGACGAAAGAAUAGACAUAAUACUGCACAACACGUCAGCUGCAUCAGUGGACGUAAAAAUAAGCAGAACCUACAUAAAGAAUGCAGGAGAAAAGAAGAAAGUGGCAAAGAGAUUUAUAUCGUUGUUUAUUAUGAUAUUGUCUAUUGUUCUUUUGAUACUGCACUAUCUAAAUAAAUAA